AUAAUUUAACUCAAUUCAAUAUAUGCAAGACAUUUUAUCACAUUGAUCCAUCAAACUGAUCUGAAUCAUGUCAUCAACGCCUGAAUUUGGGCAUUGCGAGGAUCCCAACGAGAUGGAAGGGAUCCACAGAGCAUCGCCAUUUGAAGAUGUCAAGAUGGAAGAGAUCCACAUCAGAGCACCACCAUUUGAAUCUAUCAAGAUGGAAGGGACCAACAUUGGAGCGUCGAUGGUCACUAGUGAGUCACGAUACAGCGGUUGCAUAAACAUAUAUAUCAACAACAACAUUCAAGGAGUGAAUCACUCCAUCUUAUUAGGUAGCCGUGUGGAUCUGCGAGAUCCCGGCAUUCGCUUUUCCAUUAAUGGUUUGACAUUCCAACUUGAACCUCAACAGCAUAAGACAAGAGGCAAUUUCGUGUGGCUAGCAUCUUCUUUGCUACUGUUUUCUUUGUUUGUAAUCACCUUUCUUCUUCAUUUAGUUCAAAAACUCAAAUUCUCAUCAGGAGGUGUUUGAUAUACAUUUUUUCAGCUUAUCACUAAUUC